CAUCGCUGGGCAGGAAUGGUUCGCCCCGCGGCCGGCCCCGGCAGGGCGGGGCUGCGGGCGGAAGGCUCCAUGAGGAGCGGGGCGGGGGCGGUGCCGCGGUCGGGGUUGCUGCGGGUGCCGUCCCGGGCUGAUCCCGCCUUACCGUGCGCGGGGGCCGCGAUGGCUCCCCCCAGGAAAGGCGACCUGAGCGCGGAGGAGAAGGACUUGUUGGCAGUGAUCGCCACAGGAAACACCGAGGAGGCUGGAAGGCUGCUGGGGAGCAAGAAUGUCCGUGUCAAUUGCCUGGAUGAGCAUGGCAUGACCCCUCUGAUGCACGCAGCUUACAAAGGGAAGGUGGACAUGUGCAGAUUGCUCUUGAGACAUGGAGCUGAUGUAAACUGCAAUGAACAUGAGCAUGGAUACACUGCCUUGAUGUUUGCUGGGCUUUCAGGAAAUAAAGAAAUCACCUGGAUGAUGUUAGAGGCUGGAGCAGAAACUGAUGUUGUCAACUCUGUGGGAAGGACAGCAGCUCAGAUGGCUGCUUUUGUGGGUCAACAUGACUGUGUGACUGUCAUCAACAACUUCUUUCCACGUGAAAGGCUGGACUACUAUACCAAACCACAAGGCUUAGACAAAGAACCAAAACUGCCAGUAAAAUUAGCUGGGCCUCUGCAUAAAAUUAUUACUACUACCAACAUGCAUCCUGUCAAGAUCGUGUUGCUGGUGAAAGAGAACCCUCUGUUGGCCGAAGUAGAAGCACUGCAGAAAUGUUAUAGGGUUCUGGAUCUCAUUUGUGAGAAAUGCAUGAAGCAGAAAGACAUGAAUGAAGUUCUUGCUAUGAAAAUGCACUACAUCAGUUGCAUCUUCCAGAAAUGUAUUACAUUUUUAAAAGAGCGAGAGGAUAAACUAGAUGGGUUUAUCAAAAGCCUCUUGAAAGGGAGAGAUAAAGAUGGUUUCCCUGUGUAUCAAGAGAAGCUAAUUCGAGAAAGUAUCCGGAAGUUUCCUUACUGUGAAGCUACAUUGCUCCAGCAGCUUGUGAGAAGUAUUGCUCCCGUUGAAAUUGGCUCUGACCCCACAGCUUUUUCUGUUCUUACACAAGCAAUUACUGGCCAAGUGGGUUUUGUGGAUGCUGAAUUCUGUACAACUUGUGGGGGAAAGGGAGCAGACAAAAGAUGCUCAGUAUGUAAAAUGGUGAUGUACUGUGACCAGAACUGCCAGAAAAUACACUGGUUUACCCAUAAAAAAGUCUGCAAGACCCUGAAGGAAAUUCACGAGAAACAAGAACUAGAAGCUGCCAAAGAGAAAAUGAAACAAGAAAAGAAGCAAAAGAAAGAUGAAAUGCAACUAGUAGAGGGUAGUUCUACAAGUGAACAACAGUCAGAUCCUGGUCCAGAUCCUACAAAAGAAGUGGAUCCAAAUCAUCCUACUGAUGGAACAGAAGAACCUGAAUUUACCAAAGAGAUGGAGGCACUAGCCCUGCAACCUGAAAGUCCACUGGAAAGUGAAACUACCUUAGAUAACAUUGAUCUUCAAAAAAUUCAAGAUUCUGAGGAGUAAGAAGAGGGUAGGAAGGGGCUGAGAGUUCUCAAGGCUACUAAAGAAUUCUUUAUGCUGACAGUGUCCUAGUUCUUGGAGCAUGGUUUGUGAAAGACUUCCUUUAAAAGACAGAGUGUCUCUGUUCAUCAAGAGAUAGAAUACUGGCUACUUUGUCUAUAAAUACUCCGGGUUUUGUUGUAAAUUGUCAAGAUAGGUAUUUAUUAUCUGCUAAAAAUUAGUGGCAUAGAUCCUUCUGUACGUAUACCAAUAAUAAGCCUAGUAGAACUGAGUUUCUGUGGUUAAUGAACCACUUAGUGAAAAAUGAACAGCAUUUCAUUUGGAUUAUUCAUGUUUUCAAAACUUAAACUUUAUUUUAAUCAUAGUUAAUUUUUUUUUCUGGGAGUACAUAGUCCUGUAAUUAAAAGCACUGGAAGGCCAACUCUUAAAUUGCUUUAUUUUCAGCACUUUAUGAAACUUUAUCUGAAGGAAUUCAGUAGCAAUUAAGUUUCUGAAGAUAACAUCUGAACUCUCAACUUUUCAUGACAUUACUGUAAAUAUUUUUGACUAGUGAGAGCACAACAAUAAUGUACAUUUUGUGGCAAUUGUAGUAAAUGAAACUGCUGUUUCAGGUCUCUCAAGCUGAUGGUGAAGUGUAUAUUUCACUAUUGGUUUGGUCAGAAAUAUUCCAAAGUCUAAUGAAGGGAAGACCAGAAUGACUCAAAAUAUUUUGACUGACAAGAAUAAUGCAUUCAAAAUCAUUUUUCAGGUAAAGAUGCCUUAGAGCACAGUGGUAUGUUGCUUAUGAAUUAUUUCAUAAACAAAAAAUGCUUAAUAUUUUUCAUGCUGAACUGGUCACAGUGAAUUAGAUGAGAAAAUUCAUGUGUGCGUUGAUACAACUGGGAUUUCACUUUGGCUUUCAGCUAAAUACCAGAUCUAGAAAAUAGCUUCCUUCAACUUCGUUUUUCAAUCAGAUUUAUUUAUGUGUCAUGAAAUCAGUGGGAAUGCCACAACUGAAAACACCACUUGCUGCAUAAGGAUGGCAGAAUUGGAGACUGUCUUACUGUCAGCUGAAUCACUGGUAUUUUAAACAUGGCAGUAUUCUUCUACCUAGAGGAGUAAGGACCAUCCUCAAAACAGAGGGAAAACGCUAUUAAUUUUUUUACUCUUUAAUAUGUUGAAAUGUUUUGUUUAAUAUUCUGAAAACUGUACGAGUGAUGGUAUAUAAAUGCACCUGUGCAGGGAAUGUACCUGUGUUUUAAUUUCAAGGAUUAGUAGAUUGUGAAGAAUAAAGGGAAUUUUUUUAAAAGAAGGGGGCUAUGUGGCAAUUCUGUUUCCUUCGUCUGUAACACAGUGACUUUCUCAUGUGACAUGCUGGGGCCUCUUGUAGCCUGAGUGUACAAGUUUAACUUCAUGACUUCUGGAACUCAAAUCUUUAGUCAUGCUGCAGUCACCCUCCACUCUGAGAUCUGGGAAUGCAGAAGUGCUGCUGCCUCCCUGUUCCACUCAUAGUCUUUGGGGCUCACAAGGGUGUGUUGCUCUUCAAGGAUUCUCUGAAAAUGCCAUCCCUUCAGGGCAAAAGAGUGAGGGUUUUGGAAGUGUGCUAAAAUCCCCAGAACCAAUCCUGUUUUCAUUCUCCCAGUGGUGCUGCCUUGCUCAUUGGAAAUCUUUGAUUCCCCCUGACAGGCCACCAGACAACCUCAUCUCCGACCUGCUUCCAACAGGAAGGCUGGGCUAGAUAAGCUCCAGAGAUCCCUGCCAGCAUAGACUGUCCUGUGGCUCCAUGCUAACUUAGGAGAGAAGAAAGGAACUCAGAAGACAAGCUACAACCUGAAAGAAGGUUAUGUUUAGAAAGCAUCAUUGACUUUAAGCAUCGACAGAAUGGAAGGAGAAAUAUAUGAGGAAGUGUAUUAUAAGAAAUAAAAGUAUUUAUCCUUAGUUUCCUAAAAAUUAGUGUGCAGUUUAGUACUUUUGGAUAACAAAAUUAUGGUAAGAAUUGCAUUUCAAGCAACUUUUAUUAUAACACUGCCGCUAUUUAUUGUUUGUUAUCUUAAUUUCUUCACUCUCUAUGCUACAUAUGGUAAAUGUUACACUAACUUAUUUUUCUGGAAAUUCACUUAAUUAGAUGUGUGUUGUUGUGUACUUGUUUUACUGAGCUGUUAACCUACUUAUGGCUUAACAUUAGAGAGAGAAAUUGUGGUUUUCUCAUCUAAACUGGACUGUCAGCUUCUCAAGGGGCUCUUCUGCUUUGUUUUUAAGCCGUCUUUCUUGACAGGUGGCUACUUUGUUCCAGUCCACAGAGGAAAAUUCCAUUAAAGAUCUUGUUGUUGCCCGUACUAAAACUGCAUCUUCAGGGUCCUCAAAUGGUACUCUGCAAAAAGAACAAAGUCCAUUAGCUGAACAUUUCCAAACCGUGUCAGAACUAAUUUACAACACACACUCUAUGGAAAGUGAAAGUAGCAGUCAUGAUGUGACACUAAGAGGGAGGAUUUAAAUUUUUUUAAUUUUUCAGAAGGUUUUCUUCUACCAAGUUUAAGAAAGCAAAACAAAAUGAGGAAAGGUCAGAGUCAUGGGAUUCUAUCUGAAAAAAAUAAUGAUAAAUUAUUUAAAAAACAUUUAUAGUAUUUUAAAAUGUCUUUAUUUUCAGUUUUUUUCCCCCACAAAAGUUAUAGUUGUAUACUUUUAAUGCUCUGAUUCAAUGGACAUGAUUCAAGUGAUUUGGUACCCAUUAAUGGAAAUGCACAUUUAUUUCACUGUGGAUCUCUUAACUAGCCCACAGGCCAAUAUCCUUUCUCCAAGCUCUGAAUCCAGAUGACUGUGAGCUUGUGUUCAUGUAUUCUGCCACAGCUGCAGUCUGGGAGAGAAAAGCAGCAGAUUCACAACAUUAAAGCAGCACUGACAAGGAACCAAAACCUUCCAACUCACAUACAAUAUAAAAUCUUUAUCUUAUAAGAAUUUAUUUCUUGAAGAUGUUCCUGUAGUAACACACCUCAUAUAAGCCACAGGACUAUCUCCACUGAGUAUAAUGCACUAUGUCACCAAAAGGCACCUUGCACAGCCUCAGCAUUUCCAUAAUAGGACUUGAGGCAGCUGUACAUUCAUUCUAUCAAUGAGGACAGCUAACUGCACUGAAGGCAGGUAAGAAUUAAUUUUUCAACAGAAGUUCACUUGAUUUUUAAAGAGCUGUGCUCAGAGUACUGUUAAAGGAUAUAUGUAGGCUCUCCUUAUUUCCUUCAAUGCAUUUUUCAAAUCUUUUCAUGUGUAAAGCUAAAAAGUAAAGCCAAGCCUGAUAACCCAGAAUUUGUAAGUCUACUCUUACAAGUUUGCAUCUAAAAUGUCAUCACAUUAAAAUGCUACCUUUCUCCUGUCUCAAUCCAGAUGCAGAGAUAAAAGUUUUACAUUUAUUUCUAUAAUUUUGAAACUGAACAGAAUAAAAGUAACAUCAUGUGCAGACUAAAAAAGUUUCAUUCUACAAGUCAUAAUAUUUUCCAGAGAGUGUAUUUUUGAACAGCCAGUCAGGAGAAUGUUUUCUGGGACAUAAUACAGAACAGCAACUCUGAAGCUCUAAUACUCUGAGCAUGCUUUUUCUAGUGAUCAGUGCUUGAUCUUAAAAUAAAUGGCAUUUUUAUGUACCCAUUUCCAAAAGUGGAAUAUCGUUCAAUACUAAAUUGUAGGCAACAAACCUAGUGCAGAGUUGCAGCUACGUUGAAUACAAAUACCUGAAACGGUUUCAAUUUCAUUUUUUACUGGAUAUUUUCUCUAGUUAGGGUAUUUUUUAGGCAUGGGAAGAGGAGCUUAAAGGUUUCAGAGAUGAAAAAGGAAGAAGACACUGAAAAUAUUACUUACUUAUUUGUGUUAUUUCCAAAUUCAUGACCUAUAACAGAAAGUUCAAAUUGUGACAUUAAUGGUUGUACAGCAAUUUGAGUAGCUAAGAAUUGAUUGCUAUUCUGAUCCUAAAUUGCUUGUUCAAAUUAAUUCAAAACUAGUACAAUUUGAAAUGUUUAAGAUAAUAUUUUAUUAAAUUACUAAGGAAGCAAGUAUUUGCAGGGUUUUAAGUGUAUAUAUUUUAAGUUUCUUGUAUUUUAUUUCCUGUAGACAAACACAUCCAGGCUUUUUUUUUCUUUCAAAGAAAAUUUUGCCACUGCACAUGUGUAUGGUUGCAGGGUAGAGAUAAAGACAGCUGUCUGCCUGCUUUGAUAAUCAUCAGCAAAACAAAUUAUUAUAUAUGCUUAAACUAUUCUCCUUUUCCCAACCUCUUCAAAAUCAUUGUUAAAUGUGGUGCUUUCAGUUUUACUAUUGUGAUAUAUACAUUUUAAAAACUUGCAGGUAUUUGAUUACUUUCCAAACUUCCAUCUACACUAUUUAAAAUGCUAUAAUUUCACUUAUCUAUGCACAAUGGUUAUUUUUUAUUUUUGAAACAUCAAAAAGCUGACAAGAUUGUGUGGGAUUUUGAAGUUGGUUCUGGAUUGUGAUACAAGUCACAUGGUUCCAGGUGGUAUUCACCUGAUUUCCUAUGCCAGGAUCAUGCUGUCUUCCAGAUCUGAGUGUUUUAAGAACCCUAGAAAUUGCUUUAUAUGCUAUUAUAAGACAUGAUUAAAAUAUUCUUUACUUAGAAGGCAUAAAGACGAAUCUGCUUACAAAACCAGGCAAGAUACAUAAAAUUUAGAACACUAGAAGAAAACAUUUUCCUCAAGAGAUUAAUCUUGUAAAAGCACUAGAGGGCAUCAAAACUCUAUGAUGCUGAGUACUGAGAGUCAGAAGUGUAUUGAGAUGUUUUAAAUAUAAGAAAAACUAAACAUAAGACUAAUACUGAGAAAUUUUUCAGUUAUCUUUAAAGACAAGUAUGGGGUGUGACUAGAAUUUAUCUGCCACAAUUCUCUCAGUAGAAGGAUUCAUUUGUUGCCUGUUGCUGCUAUGACUACUUAUUUUAUGAAGCAAACCAGCUGAGUUCUUGAUGCAUUUUUUUUUUUUUUUUAUUAAAACAAAUAAUGUUUUAUCA